CACAACGAGGCUCUUUAAGCCCCGGCGCGCGACACAGAGCAGGCAUUCAGAGCGCGAGCGAGGGGGCUGAACCGACGGACUCUCGCGCUGGGCGGGCGACCUGCUUCAGUGCAGUUUUUCAGCAGAUCUUAUAUCCUGAGAAAGACGGCGGAUGGAUUCAUUCUGAAAAGAACUGAGAUCGUGUGAAAAACUAGCGUGUUAACGUUCCAUUGGAGGACCUAAAGCCCUGCGAGAACAACUAGACCUACCGAAGACACCUGUGGCCGCAGAGCGAGAGGACCGAUGUCGGCGGAGGAGCACAGCAUGUCAGAGGUGGACAUGAGUCCCGGGGUCUCGGACGACGGUCACUCCAUGUCCCCCGGACACUCGUCCGGUGCUCCCGGCGGGGCGGACUCCCCUCUUCCCGGUCAGGCGUCUCAGAUGCCGGGCGUCGGUGAUGAUGAGGCCGGCGUCUCCACCGGGGUCUCGGUGAAGUCCGACGAAGACGACGACCGUUUCCCCAUCGGCAUCCGCGAGGCGGUCAGUCAGGUGCUUAACGGCUACGACUGGACCCUCGUACCCAUGCCCGUGCGCGUGAACUCGAGCAGCAAGAACAAGCCGCACGUGAAGCGCCCGAUGAACGCGUUCAUGGUGUGGGCGCAAGCCGCGCGCAGGAAACUGGCGGAUCAAUACCCGCACCUGCACAACGCCGAGCUCAGUAAAACACUCGGAAAGCUCUGGAGGUGAGAGAGAGAGAGAGAGAAAACACGUUUUACCUGUGCAACCCUUACAAAAGAUGCUGU